GGCGAAGGCGAACAAAAUCCAAUUUCAAUUCUUUGAUACGGAGAGUUUCUGAGACGAAUUGCCAUACUCUAGACCUCAUAAGCGUAUGCUUUGCUUUUACUUACAUAGGCUGUAUAUCCCCGCCUGGAAUGAUUCUGCUCUAGGAGCACUUUAUGAUGAUUGAAAACAGCACAGAGCAAAGAUCAGAUAUCCCGUCUCCAAUUACACGGCUUCCUUCAGCUAUGUCAGGCGGGUUCAAUGGAGAUGCUGAGAAAUUGGCAAAGGACACCUACCCCGAAGAUGAAAUUGAAACUGUCCAGCAGCAGACCAACUCUGGCAGCGAUACCGGUGAUGAUGAUGACGAAAACAUGCGUCGGCCGCGUACUCAAAGCUUCUGGGCCCGAGAUGAGGCCCAGCGGCGCAGGAUCCCAUUUGCUCAACGCAGCUUACGGAUAACCUGGGGGUGGUUCCCAGUCAACAUGUCAACAGGCGCCAUGGCAUCGGUCCUAGCGCAGCAACCAUAUACAUUCAACGGACUCACAGCCAUUGGCACCAUCUUUUACGUCAUUGACCUGGUCACAUUUUGCAUCUUUACACUGCUCAUCGCUGGCCGGUUCAUUCGAAAACCUCGAGCAUUUGUUACGAGUCUACACCACCCCAGCGAGAGCUUCUUCUUUGGCUCAUACUGGGUGUCGAUAGCGCUCCUGAUCAAUGGUAUGCAGGCGUACGGCGUCCCGCACUGCGGCGAGUGGCUGAUCCAUACGCUGCGCGUUGUCUUCUGGAUCUACUAUGGAUGUGCCCUAGUUGUCGCCGUGUUCCAGUAUCAAGUCAUUUUCCAUGCGGAAAUAAUGUCUCUGUCGGAUGCAGUGCCAGCGUGGAUUCUACCAGCAUAUCCAUUUCUUGUGACGGGAGUCAUGGCGUCUACUUUGGUUCAGACGCAAGGGCAGACCAGUUCAGUUCAGAUGCUUAUAGCAGGCAUUGCUGGUCAAGGGCUGGGCUGGAUCCUCGCUCUGUUUAUUUAUUCCGUGUACUUGACCAGGUUGAUUAGCAGCAAGAUGCCGCCGCCAUCGAUGCGGCCUGGGAUGUACAUCUCUGUUGGUCCAGCAGCGUAUACUUGCGCAGGCAUCCUGUCUCUUGGUCGACAAGCCAAGGAGAAUAUACCACCUGGUUUUCUCGGCAUCACAUCGUUCCCUGUGGGCGAUUUGUGGUUCGGCAUGUCGGUGCCAGUUGCUCUCUUUCUGUGGUUGAUUGCAGUGUGGUUUUCGGCUCUCUCGACGCUAUCGGUGAUUCGCGAUGCUCGCAGGAUGCACUUUGCUCUGCAGUGGUGGGCAUUUGUCUUCCCCAACGCCGGAUUAGCUAUUGCGACGAUUCAUAUUGGCGAAGCUGUGGACAGCCGCGGUAUCAAGAUCGCCGGCGCAGUUAUCACUGUGUUGCUGGUGCCACUGUGGUUUAUGUGCGUCAUACUGCAUGUGAGAAGUGUGUGGCGUCACGACCUGCUUGCGCCCGGCAAAGAUAUGGGCGUCGAUGAUGUGAACAAGACACAUGAUGUGAAGCGGCAGCGAGCCGAAGAGAGGAGAAAGAAGAAGAGUAUACAGGAGUCGACUAGACAAGGGCUGCGCUGGCGGAGUCCGACGUGGAAGUCCAAGUCUGGUGGUAGUAGUCCCGGAGGUUGUAAUGGUGUUGAAAAGCAGCAGCAGCAGGAACCUUGAGAGUCGAUCUGUUUGUUGCGAGCCGAGAAAUCACGAGCGGGGGAGAGGAGGUGGUGAAGUUGUGCGGGGAAGCCCUCGUGCAUGUGUCGAUAUCUGCAAUCAUGACCCGCGUUCAUAGCGAAAUUCAUAAUUCUCUUCUUUUCGAUUGCUGUCCAAAUUUUGUUGUUUGUAAUACUCUGUAAGCGGCCAGGGG